GUUAAUACUAUGUUAUUGAUUCUUAUUUAUUUGAAAAAAAUAACAUAUUAAUAAAUUGUAUUCCAUACAUGUUUGAUAACUACCAAAUUGAAUUCCAUAUGUGUUUUGCAUUCAACAGUAAUUAUCAUAAAUCAAAAUUUAACAUAAUAUUUAAUUAAAUUAUAAAUAAUUAAUAAUUGAUUUUUUGAAGAGAAAAAGAUCGCCGGCGCAACCGUCCGAACGGAUGCAUCGGACCCCGUCCGCACGGCGGCAGCUGACCCCGUCCGCCCGACGACAUUGGACCCCAUCCUCCCCGUCCGCACGACGAGCUCCUUCCUCGACGGCGAGCACCUUUCUCUUCCGCGCCGUCUAUUUGUGAAGGGGGGAGUGAGGGAGGAGGAGACGGGACCAAGUCGGCGGUUGCGGGAGGAGGAGGUUGGUUGGUGCCGGUUGCGGGAGGACGGAGGAAGGAGGAAGUUGGUCGGCGGUAGUUGUGGGAGAAGUUGGGUUGUGAGAGGACAGGUAAGAUAGGUUUAGGGUUUUAGUUGGAAGAAAGACAAAAUCGUCUUAUGUUUUGAAAUUAUGAACCGCAAAUAAUAAAUAUUAGGACGGUAAGUAGAGAUUCAUUUAAACUAAACCAACACCAAUUAGCCAACUAUAAACAAUUCAUAUUUCCCAGACUCUGAACUCCUUGUGGCAGUAUAACUACUUUCCCUUCCUCUUACUCUUUCUGCUGCUCUUUCUCUGUUUCCUUUUUAAUAUCCAAGAAAAAAAAAACUUUUGAGUCUUCUCCAUUGUUUUCCUCAUUGUAUCCUAACUUUGGUUUGAUUCAAGGAGGAGCAGUUGCCAUGUGGUGAGCUCAGAUAUCAGCACAUGGCUUCUUCCCAGUUAUCCAUGCACCACCCCACCCCUUAAUCCCUACUUAAUACUUGCUAGUUGCUACUGUCACCCAAUGCAGCGAUACCAGCUGUUUGUUGCUGUUUUGGGGUUUCCUAGGAGAAUACCCUCUCAAGCUUUUUUUAAUGCCCAAUCCCAUGCAUAAACAAAAAGCAACAUGAAUGGUAGAACAUCUCUAAUCCCAUAUUAAUUCGUCUGGUUGAUGAACACUUUGCUUCCCAUUUCACAGACUCACACUUCCCAAGCUUCAUCCAAAACCAAAAGCCAAAGUCUCAAAAACAAACCACUACACAUCAAAACCCCUCAUUUCUUUACUCCCUUCCUCCUCUCCAACUAGUUCAGGCAACAUCUGUCUUGCCUUCUCGCUCGUCCUCUAGAUCUGCACCUAAAGGGGGAACGAAGGAGAUGAUGGUACAUACAUUCUCAUUGAUCUCAUCUCUAUCCAUCCUCACCCAAUGUGCAAAACUUUCCGGUUCUUCCUUCUCACCACUGUAGCUUAGAUUACCCAUAACUUAUUCCUCUUCAUUUCAAGUUUGAUCAACCCUAGAAAAAAACAGAGAAUAUGAGUUCCUUCAGAACCCACAUUUCCACCAUAUCUUUCCUCUCUCCCCUUCCCCUAAUCCUAUCCACUCUCCUUGGCUAUGGAUUCUCAGCUUCCAUCUUCCUCACAGCACUAGUACUCCUCCUUAUCCCCAGAUCGAAAUUUCACCAAUCGCAACAAACCCCAAUUACAGAGAUAGCCCUAGUUCAGCAAACCCUAGAUUUCGAAGAUAUUCAGCGGCAAUAUUCAAAGGAACAAGAGCAAAGUUCUUUGAUCGAGGAAGAGGAAGAGGAAGAGGAAGAGGAAGAGGAGGAGGUGGUGGAAGAAGAAGAAGAAGAAGAAGAAGCGAGGAGGCGGAGAGAGCUGACCGACGGCGGGUGCAAAGGGAGGCUGUCGUCGACGAGCGAGGAAUCGGAGGUGGACUACUGGCCGUUUCAGCGGAACAUGUUCCAGAGCCCGGAUUUCAUGGACGGAGGAUACAUCUCGGACGAAGAGAGCUUGAUCGAGAUUGCGCUUCCUGGCGGGGAAUUCGUGAUCUGCUCAAGCUGCAAAGACCACAAACGUGAAUUCGCGGUGAUCGAAGAGGAUGAUAACUUGUUCGAGAUUGACAUUUCCAUGGGCUCAAAUAAGAGUAGGUUUGAGAUUGAAUCUUAAUUGCUUCCUUUGCCUUAAACCCUUUAAUUAAAUUUGCUUUUCUUU